UUUUCCAACCACACUACCAACCCAAUUACCCAAGAAUUAUAAAUAAUCAUAUUACAAUACAAUAGAAAGGGUAUACAGGGUGCAGACCAACCCUCAACAAAGAAAAGAAAAAAUACAAUGGCAAUGCCAUUUUUUUCUUCCUCCUCCGCCGAGUCCAACCUGACCACAGCAAAGACCUUCCUCUCCGCGGCCGCCUCCUUCGCCGCCACAGUAAUGAUCAUUCGGUCAGUAGCCAACGACCUCGUCCCCGGCGAGCUUCGCGACUACGCCUUAGCCGGAAUCCACCGCGUCCUCUCCCGGUUCUCCUCCACCGUCACCAUGGUCAUCGACGAAUUCGACGGCCUCUCCAACAACGAAAUCUACGAGGCAGCGGAAACCUACCUCGGCGCCAAAAUCUCCCCCUCAGCGCAGCGCUUAAAGGUCGCCAAGCAUGACACAGAGAACGACUUCACACUCACCAUGGAACGCGGCGGCUCCGUAACCGACACCUUCAACGGCGUGAGCUUCGAGUGGAUCCUAAUCUGCCGCCAAGUCGAGUCUUCUGGAAGCUUCCACAGCGCUAGGGACAUCAACUCCACCCUCCGCUCGGAGCUUCGUUCCUUGGAACUGACGUUCCACAAGAAGCACAGGGCAAUGGUGCUGAACACCUACCUUCCACAUGUGUUGAAAGAAGCGAAAUCGAUGAAGCAAGAAGCAAAAUCUCUUCGGAUCUUCACGGUGGAUUACCAGAACAUGUACGGAAACGCGAGCGAUGCGUGGGUGGGGACCAACCUGGACCAUCCGGCGACGUUCGAGACGGUGUCGUUGGACGAAGGCAUGAAAGAAUUAGUGAUGAAGGAUUUGGAGAGGUUUGUGAGGAGGAAAGAGUUUUAUAGAAAGGUUGGGAAGGCGUGGAAGAGAGGGUACUUGCUUUAUGGUCCUCCUGGGACUGGGAAAUCGAGCUUAAUUGCAGCCAUGGCUAAUUACUUGCAUUUCGAUGUUUAUGAUUUGGAGUUGACGGAGCUGCAGUAUAACUCUGAGCUCAGGAGGUUGCUCAUUGGGAUGGCCAAUAGAUCCAUUCUUGUUGUGGAGGAUAUUGAUUGCACCAUUGAAUUCAAGGAUCGCAUGGCAGAAUCUACUGCUGCCACGGGAAGAAAUGACAAGCAGGUGACUCUGUCUGGGCUACUCAAUUUCAUUGACGGAUUAUGGUCAAGUUGCGGCGAUGAGAGGAUCAUAAUUUUCACAACAAACCACAAAGACAAGCUUGACCCAGCCUUGCUGCGACCUGGUCGCAUGGACGUUCACAUCCACAUGUCCUAUUGCACUCCAUAUGGGUUUAGGCAGCUAGCUUCCACGUACCUCGGAAUUACAGAACACACCCUUUUCGGAGAGAUUGAGGAUGCAAUUCAGACAACCAAGGUAACUCCAGCGGAAGUGGCAGAGCAACUCCUCAAGAGCAGCGACAUUGAAACCACUCUUAAAGAGCUCAUAGACUUUCUUAGAAAGAAGAAACAAGAUCAGGCACUGGAGGAUGAGAAGAAGGAACGAGAUGCCAAAGACGAGGAAGAACAGCAGAAGCAACGGCAACAUGAUGGUGGUAAUGGAAAAGAAGUAACCCACAAGGAAGAUGAUAGUUAAUUGAGUUACACAUACACAAGCCCUAAGCUAAAAUGUUGGAUUCUGCAUUCAUACAUGUUUUACUGAUUUUUCAGUGUUAGUUCUUGUUGAAAUCAUUUUCGACUGCUAAUCUUUAUUAUAUUUAGGAUCUAAUAUGGGAGUAGCACAACUACUCCUCCUAUAGGUACCAAAAGAAGUACAUAAAGGAAAAAUGAGAAGAAGGAAACAAUCCAAGAUUUAUGAUUAAGUUUAUGUGAA